CUGUACGACCGAAUCUACCCUUAACUUGUAAACAGUUGGCUGCGAACAUUAUGGUGUACCGGAAAAUCCGGACGUCAUAAAACCAUAGACGGACCAGGAUGGCGUUGCUCGUAAUCGUGGUUGGUUUGCCACGUAAGGCCCCUACAUGGGUGGUUCUCAACUGUUUUUGCUAUAUUCACCUCUUCUGCUGUUCAUCAAAGCGUUAAGCCCCACAUUAACUACAAAAAAUUACUCACUCGUAAAAACGUAUUUGUUGUUGUUGUUGCUUCUUUCUAUAGUUUCUCGAAAGUAUCGUUUGUGGGCAACCCAAAGGGAAAAACAACGUCGGCAAAAUGCCGGGCCGAUGUGUCCUUCCGACCUGAAAGCCGUUGGGCCGCCCUUGCAAAAAAAAAAAAAAAAAAAGGUUGGGCCAAGCUUGGGGACUGAUGCUGGCCUAACCGGCCCGACUUAAUACUGCCAACGUUGGACCUAUAACACAUGGGACCAACACAGGGCCAGUGUAGAGCCAAGUCUGGGCAGUUGCCGGCCCUUUGUCGGCUAUAUGGCUCCAGCCAUUUAACAGCACCGAUUAACCGAUUAACAGCAACGAUGGGCCAACUAUGACCAAGCUUGGCAAUAGAUAGGAGAUUGAUUGGGCGUUAUCGGCCAACGAGCUUGUUUCUUGAUACGGAUCUGUACCCUGGCCAAAGACUUGCCAAGCAUCGACCGGCCUGAAAUGUGCCAAGUAUAGGGCCGAAGCAGUCGCUCAUAUUCAUGCUCAAUUGUCUCGCAGCGUAGGGUAUUUUUGUUUGUUGCUCAUAAGUCCCACAACGGACAGUGAGCACGGCGUUUCAAAGCACAAAAAAGUCCCACAAUGCACAAUGCGCGAGCAUUUCAAAGUGCAAAACAUAGAGAGUGGGAGGAUCAUCAAAGCUACCAAUAUGCCCGAGACCACUAGAAUCAAACAGCUCACAAAGAAAAAUAAUUGCAUUUCUUUCCUGAGGAAGAACAGGUACUAUACACAGGUUGUCUCGCGAGCUUUCCACAAAUUCGAGAGUCCUGUUCGCGUGCCAGUCAAAAUCAAGGGCGAUGUGUCUAAGUUUAAUUCGACGCGUGCACAAACAAUACCGAAAUGAGGAAUUGCUCGUCGUAUCAGCUCACCCGAAGAGAGCGUCUCUGUUUCUUACUGCUUUUAGGUUCAGACAAUCACUUGGACAAUCGAAACUCGAACUUAUACCAUUCCGCGUUUCCCUCUUCCCAAGGCAACAUCCCGAGAUUGGAUGAAGCUUUGCAAGGGCUUGGCUGGCCAACCUAGCCGUGCUUCGCAAGUACUUGGCCAGCGAACUCGUUUCUUGGUACAGCUCUUCCCGCUGGCCGACGGCUUGCCAAACCUCGUUCUGCCUAUUACUACGCAACAUUGCGCCAACGUCGGAUGGCCGUAAGAGUUGUUGGCCAACUGUCAUCCGACUUUUUGCCAGCCGUCAAAGAGUCUUUUCUUGCUUUUUGUUUGGAGUAGCAGCUACAUUGUUUUCGAUUUUGUUUGCAGUGACGGGCCGAUAUUGGCCCGCCUUUAUUAUGCCGAACUCGCAAUAGCACGCCAGCGACACGUCGCACAAAGUUGUGACGGCCCAAAGUCGUUCGCCAACCAUCCACUGUGAGCGAUAUCAGACGGACAUUGGUCCAGGUGCAAUGGCCUACUAAGUCGCUUGCGAAACCAAAAACCGACCACUGGCCGAUGGUUGGCAGUCGGCAAUUUCCACUUCGGAAGAUAUCCAUUUGAUGGUCGUCAUGUCACCGUAAUUCCUGUAUGAAAUUGUUAGAACUAUGAACAACGAUGAACAACCGUUCAGAACAUUGAUAACAACAACAUUCCUUAUGCUCGAACAACAGGUAGUGAAGUUUUCGACCUGAGGAACGCAGUUCAGAAGUUCGUUGAUGAUACGGCAAAAGGUACAGGAAGUCAAGUGGAAUGGUGGGACAUAUCUGCGAGGCAAGACGAGAUCAAACUCACCAUCGAGUACCACAGGUACAAAGUAGACCUGACGCCUGGGACUAUCAUGUAUGCCAACCCAACAGUGCAGAAGUCCGUCAAAGAACUCUAUCAAGAGGACUUUCCGAACUAUUCUGAAAAAAAAGGGAGCAUUUGUGCUAGACAAGAAACUACUCAUCAAUAACAGGUACUCCUGGAGCACGGACACUGCACUGGUAUCCAACUAUCUGAUCAAGGUUAGCGUAUCGCCCCCUCCUAAAAUGGACCUGAGAAAUGACGUAAAGGAAACGUUACUUCUCGACAAAGAUGAAUACAAAAGUGUGGACGUACCCAUGGAGUUCCAGGCCAGUAGAAGCGAAGUGGUGCAUCCAGGCACGACGCUCAAGGCAAGGGUUGUCGUCAACGAAACUGUUACGGAAUACCCUUGGGCCGUUGAGGUAACCAUCAAAGGAUGCAUAGCUGUGAAAUAUCGGCAGCCUGUAGCUGGGAAGCUGCUGCACUGCUACCCCGUGAGUAACCUGGUGGCGCAAGAGAAAUUACUCACACGCACUCCAGAUCCCAGCAUCGUUAAGUUUACGGCAAAGGGCAAGUUCUCCGCCGUUCAGCAUUCGGGUAUCAAAGUAGAAGUGGAGGAAGAGGAUACUGGAGCGAUCGACUGGGGACCGUCCAGCGAUGAAGAAGAUGAUGAAGAAGAACAAUAAAACACGACAGAAGAAUAAUGAAAAAGAAACAAGGAUGGGACUUGCAAACAUAGCAACAAGACAUUGAAAGCUGAGGCACAAGUACAAUGUGGUAGCCAAAACCCAUGAAGUCCAGCGACAGCCACAGCAUAAAGGAGUGCACCUCAAAAAAGCAUGUUCUUCACUGUACCCGUGUUGUUUCGUUACUGCUUCAGCCUACUGUUUGAUUGAGGCAUCUGUCCUGCAGGCUGUGAAGUUAUGGAGGUGUAGUUUUGCCGUCGGGAUUCAUCAUACCACAGCAUCAAUACUUCAUACCGUAUCUGGGUGUUGCAAAGUUCAGCCCUGCACACAAAAAUGAACAUAUACGGACCCUAUUUGAUCUGCUUGCACAAAGUGCUUGCACACUUGCUGCUUGCACACUGCUUGCACUCUGCUUGCACACUUGUUUUUAUAGCUUUCUUCGAGUCAUAAAAGAAAGAGGGGAAAUUUAACAGACUGCCACCGGAAAUUGUGUUUCAUUAAAUGCAUGUUGAUGUGAAAUACAUUCCAGUUGGUUCUGUUUCUGAAGUAUCAGGACCACCAAUGGUGUAGCCACAUACUAAUGCUGGUAUUUUGUCAUCACUACAUUCAGGUUCACAUUUUUUAAAAUCUAUAAACAUGGCUAUACAGUCACAUUUAUAAUUAGCAAGCUCUUUGUAAUAAAUACAGGAUUUUUGCACCUGUCAUUUUAGUUCUGCCACUCACAAUCAGGUGAAUAUGUAGUAUCUAGAUUAGAUUAGAAUUAGAGAAAAGAUGUACGUAAAUUUGACUAAACGUGGAUGUUCAUCUGGUUCGGGUGCUCUGUGUAGCAAUAUUGUCUCUUAUCAACAUCAUUGACCUCAGGUAAUACAUUCGGGUUGAUGCUUAAAGUGAGAGUGAAGUAUGUAUUUUUUUUCUGCUGCGCUGUAUUAUGUUGAAAGUUUAAAAAAAAUUACUGGUUCUAAGAACACUGAAUGACUGCACACCACACAAGACCUUCACUGCACUCUUUCAUAUCCAUGAUCUGCCUUGCGAUGCAAAGCCACAUGUCAUUUUGACGCUAUGCCCAUCAACGUGUCAUAGUACAGUACGUUUGCACAUUAAUAAAAACCCCAAUCACUGUCACUACCAUCUCCAUACCAAAAGUGUGCAGUGUACCAUUUUGUAAGCACACUAUCUUCUGAGCACAUUAUUGCUCUGUGAAUGAAGAUGAAUAUGUAUCUCGCA